AUGUAUUUGGCAUCUACCGCUGUCUUUUUAGCUGAAGUGAUCAAACUCUUGUGCUGUACGUGGAUGUUUUAUUCGACAACUGGAGGUGAUCUGGUUUCUUUUCUGAAACAUGGAUUAUGGAAAGAUGUGAUUCUCUCUUCAGGUGGACAUGAUUUAGCAUUAAUGAUGGUGCCUUCUGGAUUAUAUGCAUUACAAAACAACUUGCUCUAUGUGGCACUCAGUCAUUUGGAAGCAGCAACAUUUCAAGUGACAUAUCAACUCAAGAUAUUAUCAACAGCGAUUUUUUCUAUGGUGUUAUUGGGUCGACGACUGGACAAACAUCAAUGGAUAGCAUUAUUUUUGUUAAUGUUAGGUGUGACUCUGGUUCAACUCUCUACUUCGACUACUAUAAAUGAUGAAACAACAACAACGUGGAUUGGAUUAAUGGCAGUAUUGGCAAGUUGUAUUUCUUCUGGAUUUGCUGGUUGUUAUUUUGAAAGAAUACUUAAAUCUUCUGGUGUUUCUUGUUCCAUUUGGAUACGUAAUGUACAACUUGGUAUUUGUGGUUUGAUCUUCUCAUUUCUUGGUAUGAUGAUAUAUGAUCGACAAAGGAUUUGGCAAGAUGGAUUUUUUCAAGGUUAUGAUGGUAUGACGAUCUGGGUGAUACUAAAUCAAGCACUAGGUGGAUUGGUCGUUUCUAUGGUGAUGAAAUAUGCGGAUAAUAUCUUGAAAGCUUUUGCUACUUCUUUAUCUAUUAUAUUAUCUAGUAUUAUUAGUGUAUAUUUAUUUGAUUUUCAACCUUCAACAUACUUUGUAUUGGGUACAUUCAUUGUAUUAUUAUCUACUUAUUUAUAUGGUCAACCUUCUUCCUCAUUUAGUUUAAAGCCUGAUUAA